AUGGAAAAGAACAAGCGCUACACCAACCGCAAGCGCCUCUACAGCGGCCACUACUCAGACGUGUACAGCGCCAUCGACAGCGCCAUCGACACCACUGACAGCACCACCGACGCCUCCGUCUGUCUCAAGAUCGUGGACUGUGACGUCCGCAUGAAGCCCCACGACAUCCGCCACGAAAUCGGUCUCCUCAAGCGCCUCGACCACCCCGGCAUUCUUGCCUGGAAAGACGACUUCAUCUGGAACGAUGACAUCGUGUUGGUGACGCCACUCUACCAGUACGACCUCAACGGCUUGCUCGACAAGCACACCACCCGGGCCAUGCGACACAACUUGGAGGACCCCUCCAAAAGCAAGGUGGUGGUCAAGAACACCUUGCCCGAGGCCAGCAUCGAGAAGAUAGUGGUGGGUCUUGCCCAAGCAUUGGCGUACUUGCAUGACCAGGGCAUUAUCCACCGCGAUGUCAAGCCCAGCAACAUCUACUUCAACCAGUCCGUGGCCCAUCCCGUGCUUGGCGACUUUGGCAUCAGCUACGAUGACCAGUCACCCGAGCCUGCCCACGCCAAGUACACCGAUGUGGGCACCGGCAUCUAUAAGGCACCGGAGUUGUGUCUUGGAGUGGUGGACUAUGGGCCGGAAAUCGACGGGUGGGCGUUGGGGGUGGUCAUGACACUCUUGUACCUGCGGACACUAGAGUCGGUGCUCGAGCCCGAGGAGGGCGACGAGGUGGUGAUCAACGACCUCUACUUGAUCCACGCCAUCUUCCAGAACUUUGGCACCCCGUCGUUGGACUCCAGCAGCGAGUUGUACUGGCCAGAAAUGGCUGACGACCGCUACUACUUCAACAAGUUGCAGUUUCAGCCACAAGAUCGCAGGCAUUUGCAAACACUCGUGCCGCGAUGCACGAAGCCCCUGGUGCGUCAAACCUUUGAUAAGCUUAUGACGUACGACCGCUGGCGGCGAAUAAGCAUGAAACAGUUGGCACAGGAAAUGGCAGGUGCACCAGUGUGA